AUGGCAAAGAGAGAUUACCUGGUGGAGGCAGCCAAGCAGAUCCGCAUGGCACUGGACAGCGAGGUCAAUGAGGACUAUGAGGCCGCUUUCAGUUACUACAAGAAUGGGGUGGACUUAUUGCUGAAUGGGGUUCAGUUGGACCCAAACAAGGAUCGUCGGGAGGCUGUGAAAAGGAAGACAACCCAGUAUCUGAAGAGAGCUGAAGAAAUCUUCAUUACACAUCUCCAGGACAACCUAGGGAAGGGGAGCUCUCAUUUAGGGGGUUACAGCAGUCUGAGAUUCCGUCCAAUCAGACACUUGAGUUCACCUGUAGAGGAUCUUGAGAUGUGUAAGGUGAUUGGAGUGACUGAUAAGGUCCUGAUUGUCCAAAGUAUGGUCAAUAAAGAGACAUUUGUUGUAAAGAGUCUGGUCAAGUCCAGCUGGGAGAGCAGAGAUCAGCCAACCAUCAUUCCUCAAGGGGUGCCAUACAUGGUGAAGCUGCUGAGGUAUUACGUCAGUGAGGAUGCUGUGUACCUGCAUCUUGAGCAUGUCAAAGAAAUCGGAGGGGUGUGCAGGGUCACAGAAGCUUGUGAUUGGUGGAGUCUUGGAGCCUUGUUGUUUGAACUUCUAACAGGAAUGCCUCUGUGGCAGCUCCAUCCAGCUGGAAUCCACUCCCACACCCAGCUGCUCAUCCCCGACCACCUGAGCACUGCAGCUGCAUCCCUGCUCACUGAGCUGCUUCAGUUUGAUGCCGGCUAUCGCCUGGGCUCUGGAGGUGGAGGUGUGUGUGACAUCAAGUGUCAUCCUUUCUUCAGCAGUGUUUCUUGGAAAGCACUGAGCUGUUAGCAGGUGUGGCUGCUACACCUUUGAUCCAAUCAUGCUGCGCUGGAAUUGAAGAUGUGCACUCUCCUGAAUCCAAGCAUCCUAGUGUGGCCAAAAUGGAUGCAGCACCAGAACCUGGUUUCCUUUGCAUUUCUGUGCUUCCCAAAGAAAAAUGACAAUAAAAACUGAAACGAGAAAAGUGAUGAGCCAUGUCCCUUCCAAAAUAUCAAACACAUGGAUUUAUUCCUUCACUUUCAACAUAUCAAGAGAUUCUUGAUAUGAAAACUUAACACAUUUACAUACAUUUGAGGCAAUUUUGAUAGAUACAUUUUAAUACUUUAUAUCCCUGCAUAUAAAUGUAUCAUUGUCAACAUGCAUGA